AUGCUGCCGUACCUGUUCACUGACCUCGUCGCUUUUGCCACAGUCGCUGACCUCAUUACCCACCUCCGCACCAGUGGCACUCGCUACCACGCUGCGCUUCCUGCCGAGUUCUGCGCCAAGAACCCCCCCCCCCCUAUGUUUAUCACCCUCUACUACCUCGUCACCCGGCUCCCUGACUCCCUUCGUCCAGUCACGGACCACUUCCUCUCCCUUUGCCCCACCAUGCUCACUGUUCACCUCCUCGAGGAGCGCCUCCUUGAAGCUGAGAAGAGUAUAGUCGCUGUAGGAGCCUCUCGUAGUGUCCCUCGUGCCCCUUACUUUGAGGGGUGCUCCCCUGUCCCCCUCUUGCCCUCUGUUGCCUCUGCUGCUGCUGUCGACCUCGUUGGCACUGAGUCGGUCGGCGCUGCGUCCACUCCUAGUGGGAGACGCCGCAGCGGCAAGGGCAAGGGGGGCAAGGGUGGUGGAGGGGACGGCGGGGGCGGCGCUGGUUGUGUUCCGCCCGACCCGGGCAUUGAGGCUGCUGCUCUAGGUGCUAGUGAGUCUGUUGCUCCAGGUGCUGGUGAGUCUGCUCUCUCAGCGGUCCCGUCUGGCUCUCUGUCUGGCCUCCACCUCCCCUCGUUCUCCACGAACUUGGUGAGUGGAGCAGACCUUCAGGACACGUGGGUUGACCAGUUCGCUCGUGGAGGUCAGCGGGUGACCCACCAGACUCUCCUCUAG